CCCUAGAAAAUUUACUCAUCAAUUGUGAAAAAGAAAAAUACAGUAUGACGAAGAGGGUCGAAAGUGAGAGUAACGGAAUCUCGACCACCGUAAGAAGCCCUAGCCACCGCUCCCGUUCAAACGGCGGUUCAGAUUUCAUCAGCUCACUACCGGACGAGGUCCUCCAACACAUCCUCUCCUACAUUCCGACAGAGUACGCAGUCAGAACCUCCGCCUUGUCCAAACGAUGGAAGCAUGUAUGGCGCGAAACCCCUUCUCUCUCCUUUCAUUGCCACACAUGGGAUCAUCAUCCUGUUUCCAUAAGCAAAACCCUAGCUAGCUUCUUCACGGCUCCCAAACUCACGAGUUUCCAUAUCCAUGUUACCUUCAAUCCUAAUAACUCCUCUUUAACUUCAUCAUCACAUGUUAAUAGCUGGAUCGAGCUCGCUCUGUCCCGGGAGGCUGACAAAAUCUCUCUCGUCAUUAUCGGUUCCGAUAAUGUGCUUCCAGAUCUUUUCUUUACCAAUUCCUCUGUAAAGCAGCUCAGAUUGGCUUUAGGUCAUCGUGGCAGCUAUGAUUAUCGCAACAUGAUUCCCAAACCUACGGUCGUUUGGACAUCGUUGAGGAACUUGUCUCUGGAAUGUUUCAGUCUGCCCGAUGAAUCCCUAGCUAAUAUCCUCUCUGGUUGUCCAAUGCUUGAAAGCCUGGUAUUGAUUAACUGUCCAAAACUUGGUCAUCUUGAUCUGAGCAACUCACCCAAGCUGACAAGGUUGGAGAUAGUUUUUGGUCCAUACUUCGGAACAUUAAAGAUUGUAGCACCACACAUCCAAUAUUUGAAAUUGAUUGGGUCUCUUGAACCAUGUACAUUAGUGGAUGUCUCCUCUUUAACCGAUGCUUAUUUCAGCCUAAACUAUGUCGGAGAAACAACGAGGGGUGAUGGUUUUCAUCAAGAUAUGGUGCUAAAGAUGCUACAAAAGUUGCAAAACGUAGAGAAUCUUACUAUUGGACCAAUCGUCCUUCAGCUUCUAUCUGUUGCCGAGCUUUGUGGUCUUCCUUUUCCCCAACUCCAGGCUAAAUCUUUGACUGUUACAACGAUGGUUGUUCGCUCUGUUAUUCCUUCCUUAGCAAGGCUGCUACAAAACUCACCUGGAUUACAGAAGAUAACACUUAACACAAUAUCUUAUAGAGGCAUACCGGAUGCGGAGUUUAACAGACACUUGCGUAAGCAAGGCUUGAAUCCUGAUGGAUGCUGGAGAUUGGAAUAUGGGGACUUUCCAACGACAAAGCAGACCUAUUCACACUGUGUUGUUGCUACGCGAGCAAAGUCAAAACAUGUGGUUUCCUUCAUAAAACUUGUGCUGCAACACUCAAAGGCAGUAGAUACGGUGGUUUUAAGGUUGGGUGGUUACCUUAAUGCAACAGAGUACGAAAAGCUGCUUCGAAUGGUUCCAACGUUCACUGGCAACAAAAAUGUCAGAACUCGUGGUCAAGGAAAGCGGCUCCUGAACGUUUUAAAGAUUACUCCACGAACCGUGUGUGUAUAAAUAUUUGCAAGAAUAUUUAUUAGUAUUGUAUUAACGUUAUCCUAUUCUAGAGCUUACUACUUCUCACUUUU